AUUUGAAAGCCGGACGUCGAACUGUCAAAGCAAAAACAGAUUUGUUUUACGUACACUCUCGUCGCAUAAAAGUGCCUUUUAUACUUUCAGCCAAUUUGCCAUGCAGCCACGCGACUUAAUGCGAAUCCUUUUGUUAUUCUGCCUGCGAUUUGCCAUAAACUUCUUUCUUCUCUACCGCCAACAGCAGAACGGCGUUGCAGCAAAGGCGCAACGGCCUGGGACUCUGGUGAAGGACAGAAGCUGCUUCCAGUGACACUCGCUCAGCUGUUCUUUAUUUUGCACGCUAGUUUUGUUUUUCGAGAAAUACAAUAUGGAAACCUGCGUAAAUUGCGAGGAAAACACCAGAAAAUACAAGUGCAGCAAGUGCGAGGCGCCCUACUGCUCUGUGGCCUGUUACAAGGAACACAAAGACUCUCCUCAAUGUGUGACACAGGAUUUAGUGGGAAAAAAGGAGGAAAGUGCCUUCCAGGAGGAACCCACGCUCCAUGUGCCCUUCACCACCGAUGACACCGUUCCCGCGGAGAAGCUCCAGCAACUAGAGCACUGCCAGGAGCUGCGCAACUUGCUCCACAAUCCCCACCUGCGCUCGCUGCUCCAGCAGAUCGAUGUGGCCAUGAACGCCCAGACGGCCAUGAUGGCCGCCAUGCAGGAGCCGCUCUUCGUGGAGUUCGCCAAUGCCUGUCUGCAGGUCGUGGAACCCAUGACGGCUGCAGAAAGGGCUGAACUUGAGUUAUGCUCCUAAUCUAUCCCCCAGAAAUUUCCACUUCAUAGUCCUAAUAAAUACAGCCAUAUAUUUUGUAA